GCCACGUGACAUCUGCCAUGUGACCACCGACAGCUGAAACAAUCAGGAAGUGGCACUUAUUUACAAGAUGUUGCUGAUGAUUGCACGUUAGACACAUGACUGCAGAUGACUUUUCUGGACAGCUAAUGUAGCUGUAAGCAAUGAGGACUAUUUACAGCCAGGUGACCCACUGUGGCAGAGACAGUAUGAGGGGAACAGAUCUGUUUGUUCUGAUCGUCCUUCUAACAGGAACAAUCACACACAUCAGAGCAGGAAGUGAUGAGUGCAAGGCAAGGUCCUUUGGCCAGAGCUCAGUAGUGUGUGAGUGUAACGCUACAUACUGCGACUCUGUCGGUCGUGUCAGCUUGCCUGCUGUGGGCCACUUCCUGUCGUUCCUGAGCAGCAGGGCAGGUAGGAGACUUCAGAGGGAAGAGGGUCAAGUGCAGAAGAACAGCACUGGAGCAGCUUUCAGGAUCACCCUGGUCCCCACAGAAAAGUACCAGCAUGUUAAAGGCUUUGGAGGAGCCAUGACAGAUGCGGCUGCCAUGAACAUUAUUUCUCUGUCGACUGGAGUCCAGGACCAGCUGCUCAGACAGUAUUUCUCCCCAGAGGGUAUAGAGUACACCUUGGUCCGAGUACCGAUGGCCAGUUGUGAUUUUUCGACUCGUCUGUAUACAUAUGCCGACUUGCCUGAAGACUACAGCUUGCUAAACUUCAGCCUGGCUGAAGAAGACACACACAUGAAGAUUCCUCUGCUGCAGCGGGCACAAGCCCUGUCUGCUCGGCCGCUGUCACUGUUUGCUUCUGCCUGGAGCUCCCCGGCUUGGUUGAAGACCAACGGUGCACUCAUAGGGAAGGGUUCCCUUAAAGGAAAGCCUGGGGGCAAAGAGUAUAAAACCUGGGCUCAAUACUAUAUCAGAUUUCUGGAAGAGUAUGAGAAGCACAAUCUCUCAUUCUGGGGGUUGACCACAGGAAACGAACCCACUGCAGGAGAAAUGACCAAUUACAGCUUCCAGGCUUUGGGUUUCACUCCUGAGCUCCAGCGUGAUUGGAUUGCUAUGGACCUCGGCCCUGCUCUUCAUUCAUCCCCAUAUGCCAAAACCCGCCUUAUGAUCCUGGAUGACAACAGAUUGCUGCUUCCUCACUGGGCCAAAGUGGUUCUGAGUGACAUUCAUGCUGCCAGAUAUGUCCAUGGCAUUGGCGUUCACUGGUACUUCGAUCGCAUCAUCCCUGCCAAAAUCACCCUGGCGACCACACAUGACCUCUACCCAGAGUACUUCAUUUUGGGCACAGAAGCGUGUCCUGGUUGGAGCACACUGGACCAUGGUGUGCGGCUGGGCAGCUGGGAAAGAGCUGAAGAUUACGCACGUGACAUUAUUGAGGACCUAAAUAACUAUGUGAUCGGAUGGACAGACUGGAACUUAGCAUUAGAUAUGAGUGGUGGUCCAAACUGGGUCAAGAAUUUUGUGGACAGCCCUAUUAUUGUGGAUCAGAACAAGGACAUCUUCUACAAGCAGCCGACUUUCUACAGCAUGGCCCACUUCAGCAAGUUCCUGUGGGAGGGGUCUCAGAGAAUAGGUGUGUCUGUUUCUGAACGCACCACACUGGAAACUUCUGCCUUCAUCAGACCUGAUGGGUCAGUAGUGCUGAUCAUUUUAAACAGGUCUGAUGCUGAGGUGCAGUUUGAAGUCUGGGACCAGAGCGUGGGCUUUCUGCCUACAAGCGCUCCUCCUCACUCCAUCCUCACACUACUGUGGGCCACAUCCUAAUUAAAAGGAAUUCGGAUACAGCCUUAAAUUACAAUUUACUUGCGUCUCUUGACACACUCAUGCAAAACGUAAACACAGUAGUGGGCCUCUGGAUAAUUCAGAGGUGAUGCAAAUAAUCAUAAUCAUUUGAGUUCUAAUCUAAAUAACAGGAAGCCUAAAUUGCAUGUGGGCUAUGGUCAGCAAUCCAGUCCACUAUCAGUAGACUGAGUGGGACAGAUCUUGGGACAGUUGGCAGCGAUUGAUUCAGCCCGUUUUGAAAAUGUUUCUGGCGCUUUAACACACUGAUAGACUCAUUUCAAUUAAAAGAAGUGUUAUGUUCAAGUGUGGAAAAAAAUAUUGAGCUGUGGAAUCUUUAAUAUGCAUCACUUGCCAUUAACACUUGAGAAGCUGCAUUUACAGUGACUUGAAACUUCAACAUGUGCUUGACCUGCUUUUAAUGUGAUAAUUGGGUAGACAGUUUGAAGCAAUGUGUACAUAAUUGGAUGGAAACAGUUUCCAUGAGGUCUUUACAAUAAAGGCUGCUAUGAGCUUGAGAA